UUCCGUAAAUACAUGAAUCUACAGCACAUCAAAAACAAAGGGUAAAAAGCGGAGAAAGAGAAAAAAAAAUCUGAAUCGUUGUCUCUGGUCAAAAAAAAAAAAAAACCCUAACGUUCACAGAUCUCUCGGAGAUGAAAGGUGGUGAAACCAAAGCUCAAGCGAAGGGCACUGAUGACAGAUUGAAGACGAGAGGUAAGAAAGCUGGAAAGAAAGCCGCCAAGGAUCCUAACAAGCCUAAGAGGCCUCCUAGUGCUUUCUUCGUCUUCCUGGAGGGAUUCCGUAAGGAGUUCAAUCUAGCUAACCCUGACAACAAAUCCGUCGGAGCUGUUGGUAAAGCUGCUGGAGCUAAAUGGAAAUCCAUGACUGAUGAAGACAAAGCUCCUUUCGUAGCCAAGGCAGAGACUAAAAAGAGUGAAUAUACCAAGACUAUGCAAAAAUACAACAUGAAAUUGGCUAAUGGAACUAGCACAGCUGGAGAUGAUGACUCUGACAAGUCCAAGUCUGAAGUCAACGAAGGCGCAAGUGAAGAGGAGGAAGAUGAUGAUUAGAAGAUGUAUCAUCGAUUUGUCUUAUGGAGUAUCUUCUGUUGUAUUGUUUUUAGCUGCUAGUUUUUAGGGAGAAGAACAGUUUCACUAUUGCUUUGUUUUCUUCCCCUUUUAUGUUAACUGGGAUUAUUCGUACUAUCUACUACAACUUGUUAUGCACAACUUUGGAUUUAGCUUGAUUUUCGUCUCUACCCUUUUAUGCGAUGGUAUCAUUUGUUUC